AUGGACAGAAAGAGGGUGAAGGCUGAAUCAGCGUUGUUAUGCAAGAUCAUGGGGCUCGCGGAUCCGGGACCGGACGGACUACCGACCAGAACCCGGACAGUCGAGGGUCUUGACAAAGCUCUCGACAGCCUGGCGAGCUGCGGCUACAGCUCUCCCUGGUGGACUGUGGAGGUGCAGCAGGCCGCCCGGGAGGCCAGGAGGGCCGAGAGGCUGACGAAGGAGACUCGGGCAGAGUACUGCUGGGAGGAGCUUAGCGAAAGGCUCAAGGACCUUGCUAGAACAACCCGCGAAGCACGGACGAGGGCUUGGAGGAACAGCCUACAGGAAGCAAGCGAGGCAAAGAAGCCCGAUCAGAUGUGGAGCUUGGAAAGAUGGGCAAGGCUGCGGAGCUUUUUGCCGCCAGAACCACCGAGGCUUCCGGAAUUUAAGGACUCUUCCGGACAGGUAACGGCCGAAACGCACGACCGGAAGGCCAGCGCGCUGGCCGAGAGGUUCUUCCCGGACCCACCGGCCAACCCGACGGACGUGGAAGACCAAGCCUUUUUGGGCAGCUGGAACCCGGGCUUCGACGUCGUACAGGCAGUGACGCCGACCGAGAUCACGGAAGCGAUAGGAAGAGCAAGCCCCUGGAAGGCGCCAGGCGAGGAUUUGCUCCCGAUGGGCCUUCUGAAGGCGUGCGGAGCACCGUUAGCUGAAGUGCUGGCCCUUCUGGCGACAAGGUGCCUGGAGCUAGGAUGGUUCCCGAACCGUUUCAAGAGGGCGAAGACUGUAGUACUACCGAAACCAGUAAAGGCUCCGCCGGCGUAUCAGACCCCGGGGGGAUACAGGCCCAUUGCUCUGCUGCCAACCCUGGGGAAGGUAAUAGAGUCAGUGGUCGCCAGGAAGGUCACUCAAGCUGCAGAAGUCAACGGCCUCCUACCAGAUGAACAAAUGGGGAACAGGGCACACCGCUCCACAGAGCUGGCUGUCCGGCGAGUAGGUAGCCUUGGUCCAGGAGGCGUGGAGACAGAAGGGUGCGGCAUCCCUAUUGCAACUGGACAUCUCAGGAGCCUUUGA